GGAGCCAUUCUGUCUCAAUCCGCUGUGGGCGUUAGCGCCCACAUGCAACACGUCCUGCCCGGCCGUUAGUAUGAAACUACAUAGCAUGACAAUGAUCAUUAUUCCUGUCGUCAGAUGUGGCUGAGCAUACGGAAAUAGGGCCAAGACCUGGAAGGUUGCAAGUCCAGGGUGUUUACACAAGAGAUUUCAACGUGCUCUGAGACAUGGGGUGCAGCGGCCGAGCUUCGCUGUCCCCGACAGAUGCUCGCAUCGUAGCCUUUACGCCGCACCGUCCCUAUUUACGCUUCCGAAAAAAGAGAAGCUAUACAAGAUUAUCAUUUCGGGAUCUCUUGGUGCUGCUGCUUUUAGCAAUUACUUGGAAGGGCAUGUCAGAGGCUGCAACGACAAGCUUCACCGCCACAACGCGCCUCAAGGGCACGCUGGUACUCAGGCAUUCCCACGUGGGAUACAACUGGAAGCUUGUGUCGGCAAGUGGAGAGGUCUUUUCGUUGCCCCGACAGCCGACGGAUCCCACCAGGGCUCCUAUACCUCCGGGAAGUUUCAUGGCCCUGGAUUGCACCUCCGCUGUCGGCAGCAGCGAUGCCACCUCCUGUGUCAACAUCGCCAAUGCCGAAAUCACCAGGCUGGCUGCCCCCGUCGUAUCCGCGGACCUGGAGGUGCGGCUGCUGGUAAUGGUGGUCAACGUCACCGGUAGCUGCGUCAAACAAGGAGCUCCGGUAGGGCUGGUACGGCAGGCGUACACGUCAUCAAGGUUUGGUUACGCCAGCUUCUUGCGUAACUGCAGCUACGGCAAGCUGGUGUUCGCUUCGGAUCCGGAUAGCGUGACGGUCAUUGGGACAACAAUAAAUUGCAGCACUGCAAUCUUGCAGUGCAGCGAGGACGCGGUGGCAUUUGCGGCCACGACUGUGGCCACGAACCUGCACGGAAAGUCGUUUGUGGAGUCCUUCGACCGCUACAGCUUUGUCAUGCCCGCAAAUAUCGACGCUUGUCGCUGGGUGGGCCUGGCGGAUCUCCCGGGGAGCAACACCUGGUAUUCACCGAGCCUCGAUGGCAUCUUCAACAAGGGCACAGUACUCCAGGAGAUGCUGCACAACUAUGGCAUAUAUCACGGUUGGAAAGAUGGCUACGAGUACGGCGACACCUCCACCUCCAUGGGCAGCGGCAACAGCUGCCCCUCAGCCCCAGAGCUUUGGCGCCUGGGCUGGACGACCGUAUUGGACCUGCUUAACUCAACCAGCUUCAUCCCCGCCACUUUCAAGAGCUACAUCCUUCCAGCGACCUCCUUGGGGCCCGGCAGGAACGUGAUUAAGAUAAGGCCUGACUGGCAGGGCGUGUCGUAUAGAAAGCCAGUAGCCAUGACUUCUCUAUGUGUGAAUUAUUGUGUAGUUGCUGGCUAUCUUUUUCGUAUUCUAUGUUCCUACGCUGGCUAUCCUUCCAGACGAGAGCCAUGGUCGGGAAACCUCUACAUAGCGCUGCGGAGGGCGGUGGCGGGUGAUGAGGAUUUGGAUCCUUCCUACGACCGCAAGAUUAGCGUCCAUGAACUGGACAAAACCAUCGACAACGACUUCUGGGCAAAGGGCGAUCCAAGAAUCAAUAUCAUCUCCGCCAUCGCCAAGAACAGCAUGGUGAACUUGGUGGUCUACAACCUGCUUGUGGUGACAGGCGACCUCCAACAGGACGGCUCCUACAUCACCGUGUCGCUAUGCCGCUACCAAGCCUAUGCGAGCGAAUGCUAUGAUAGUAUCACCACCGUAGAUGGCACCAGCUCCAGUGCCCGAACAGGCGACUAUGACUAUCGUGAUGCCUCAUGCCCCCGCGCGCUUUUUACGGGCACCGCUCUGCAGGCCGCCAUCGCCGCCGCCGCCCCAACGUUCAAGAGCGCCGCCGCCAUCGUGGCGGCCACCUCGGUCGCCAUCUCCGGCACCGCCGCGCCCGCCGAUGCCUCGGCCGCCAAACCCCAAGCGGCCACCGCUGCUGACGACGGUAUUGCGCCCGCUACCAAUGGAUUCGCCGCUAGCAGUGCCCUCACCAAGGUUUCUGGCCCCGCGAAAACGGCCCUCAAGCCCAAAGCCGCCGGCGAAAAUGAAUGCGCCACCUUCACAACGGCCGGGAUAGGGUGCGCUAUGUAUGUAUGUAUGUAUGUAUGUACACUAUGUAUACAUGUACAUAUGUCCACUUGGGAGUGGAUAGCGUCUCUAUCACUCCGCUAG